AUGAAAUUGGAAGACUUCUUUUGGAGUGUAUUGUUUUUAUGCAUUUUAACAUUAGUUUUCGGAAAGGAGCAAUGCAGCUUAAAUUUUACAGCAGAUCCUCUAUACAUUUUCUUUGGGGAGAAGAUUAAUCUCUCUUGCACGCUUCUUAGUUCAAGAGCACAUCUCAAUUCUUCAGAAAAUAUCAUCUCUAUAAAAAGACACAAUUUGAACAUUUCAAGCAAUAUACACAAUAAUGACCCAUUAACUGCACGAGGUCAUGAUGUUGUGUCUGUAAAUAUGAUUCCUGAACAAGCAGGAUAUUUGGCGUAUGUUUGUACCUCUCCAAUCUGUGAAGGAAAGAAAGGCAAACAGUUUCUCACCAUAGAGCAUCGCCCGCAGAAGGUAGUAAAUGGUUCCUGUCUGGUUUUCAACUGGCAAAACAUGACUUGCGUUUGGGACUUGGGAGUGGUCUACAGACAUUCUGAUAACUCGGACAUGAGCAUCACGGCCCAGUACAACACCACAGUGGAAGACUUUACUCAUCUAGACUACGAUGUAUCUUUGCAUUGGAGCGUGUAUACGCACUUGUCUCCUUGCAAAAAUGUUAAAAUCGAAGGAAAGUGCUUAUCUUGCACGAUAAUGGAAAAUGACGGUAGAGACAGCUACAAGCGUGGGGCAUACGUGUUUGUUGUCAAUAUUACCAACAACAGGCGACCGGAAACCAGUGUUUCGUCUCAUUUCUACUUCAAUACAGACGAAUUAGUGCAGCCAGCAAAAGUUGAAAACAUCAGGACAGAGGUCAAUAAAACAGGCAUGAUGAUAUCAUGGAGCCAUUCUAAACCGUAUAUGUCGCUCCGCUUUAAGAUUGAAUACAGAUCCGAAUGGGAAAGCGCAUGGAAGGAGGAAAUCUACACCAGAGAAAUCGACGACUUUACCGACUUGACAGAGAUAUCGAGGAGGAUGAGCACAAACCUGGUAAACCUGAUCCCGUACACAACAUACAAAAUACGAAUAUCUUGUAUACCAAUUGUACAGGGUGAAGUCAAGGGGUUUUGGUCCGAGGUUACCACGAUUAAGGCAAAGACACUUGAGGAUGUCCCAUCAGCAGUUCCCAGGGUCCAGCCAUCAUUUUUCAGUUGUUUGAAUGUGACAUGUGAUAAAGUCGAAAUUUACUGGAAGCCUAUCGAGCAGAAGGACAUAAGAUGCGCUGUAAUGCAGUACAAGAUUGAAUCAAUGUCUCCAAAAUCUCCUCAUCACAAACCAGUUUACGCAAACCAAAAUUCAGUUUCAGCAAAGAUGCCAAUUAGUACAAAUGUUACAAAUAAUAUUAGCAUCAUACCUUUUAAUGGAAAAACCAACCAAUUUCCAGAUCUGGAACCGUCUGUUCUAGUUAUUCCACCAAAAUCACAAUGGCCAAAAUCGCCUGUGCAUACUGAAGCACUGAGUAAUAGUAUAACUUCGAGGCACGUCACCCUGAGUUGGAGUUUUCCAGCUCAUUUCAAAAACAUUCCUUUCAAUGGAGACUUCACUGUCGUUUGGUGCAAAAAGAGUAACGAAGGAAAAUGCCAGGGAGAACUUAAUUGGUUAACCACAGUUUCGAACACGUCCCAUCACCUCGAGGUAUCGGAGGGUACAACGGUUGAUGAUUACAUGUAUGGAAUAGCUGCUAAUGGAUAUUUUGGGGGAUUGAGAAGUAGUAGUGGUAUAGCCUGGGUAGAGUGCGUUCACUUCACAAAUAAAACUCUAUCAGAAAAGCUGAAUGUGAAAUUUGUAUUAGAUGAUAUUGAUCAAAACGCAAUGAAGAUUGUGUGGUAUCGAUACAACUGUAAACAGUUCAGAGGUCACGUGACGCAGUAUAGAAUAAAGUAUUGUGAAUUUAGGAGCUGUGAAGAAACUUCAACAUUUGCGAACGUUAGUAGAUAUGUAAGUAAUUAUACAUUAAGGGGUCUGUCUCCCACCAAAUACAGCGUUUGGGUAUCCGCUGUUUCCGAUGCAGGACCUGGGCCCAGCAGUGAGGUGGAGUUUCUAGUCUUUGGAGAGCAAACAUAUUCCAAUCAUAAUGAGAGAGUAAACAUUGCCAAAAUGAUUAUAAUUAUGUGUGGAGUGUUGGGAGGAGUUACAUUGUUGGUGCUUUUAUCAUACUGCUCUUGGAGACAUUGUAGGAAUUUAGAAGAAACGGAAAUUAUAUUACCUGAUAUUAAAAAAAAUGAGGAAUAUGACAAGACCAAAAGCUCCGCGUCAACGAGUGGAAGGGGGAGUUCUACCGAGUCUAGUCUUCCAGCCAUGCGUAUGAAUAGUGUUAGUUCCGGCGGAACCUACGAUUCUGGAUGCGGGCAGGUGGGAAAUUUCGACGACGAGAAAACUUACAAAACUGAUUAUAUACCGCUGCAGAUUCAGAGUUCAUGCAUUCAUGAUUCCGUCCGGGACAAGUACUAUGAUCCAGUAGAAUUUCAGAAUGGUGGAAACACAUUGUACCCAAGUCAAGCUAUUAGAAGUUUUUCGGAGAGAAGUCGAUUACUCGGUCAAAAAGAAGGUCCCAUUUCCGAGGAAAGUGCUUACAUUUCAGAUAUGAGCUCAAAAAACAAGAGUUCACAACCUUCUGUGUCUUCUGAAGAACUUCGGCCUUUAGUGACGCAAGCAGACGAUAACGCACACGAAUCAGACGAGAGUUCUGGUGAUAGAUUACAGUAUAGUACGGAAGACAUCAGUUGUGUACUGGACAAUUGUGAAAGUGAGAAUGAAAACCCUUUAGAAACGGGUACUAGCAGUUAUAGCGGAUCUCUGCCUGAAUAUUUGCCGCCACAUUCCAAUACAAAUAUUAAUCCAAAUAGAAAGAGUCCAUCACCUAUUACUUCAAGUACAAUUUGUGAAAUUGAAGGAUAUGUCUUACAUGAAUCAGUUUCUGCAAAAUGAUUGAUAAUGUUUUACUUA